GGGGUGGGACGCGACAGCUGCGGGGAUCCGGGGCGGGAGCGGGAAGUUGCGAAAGCGGCAGGCUCGGAUCGCGAGCCAUGGACAUGGACGCGGCCCCGGCCGGCUCCGGCUCCGGCUCCGGCUCCCCGGCGGGCCCCGAGCGGGAGGCGGUGCCGCUGGUGGCGCUGAACUUCGCGGUGCGGCGGCGGCUCGGGCUCUACCUCAACCCGCGCGCCCCGGUGGCCGCCGACUGGACGGCGCUGGCCGAGGAGCUGGGCUACGAGUACCUGGAGAUCAAGCACCUGGAGGCGCAGCCCGACCCCGCCGCCCGCCUGCUGGAGGACUGGCAGGGCCGCUGCCCCGGCGGCGCCACCGUGGGCCGCCUGCUGGCGCUGCUGCGGGCGCUGGGCCGCCACGACAUCCUGGCCGACCUGGGCGGCCGCAUCGAAGAGGACUGUAAGAAGUACCUACAGAGGAAAGAGCAGCCUCUUCAGGUGCCAGCAGUAGACAGCAGUGUCCCGAAGACAUUAGAGAUGUCAGGCAUCACGACCAGAGAUGAUCCUUACGGGAACACACCAGAGCUGUUUGAUGCCUUCAUCUGUUACUGUCAAAAAGACAUUCACUUUGUCCAAGAGAUGAUCAGAGAGCUGGAACAAACGGAAUUCAAGCUGAAGCUGUGUGUGUUUGAUCGGGAUGUCCUGCCAGGAUCGUGUGUGUGGUCCAUCACUAGUGAGCUUAUAGAGAGACGGUGUAGGAAGAUGGUGGUUGUUAUUUCAGAUGAUUACCUAGACAGCAAUGAAUGUGAUUUCCAGACCAAAUUCGCUCUUAGCCUUUCCCCAGGUGCUCGCCACAAACGGCUGAUUCCCGUCAAGUGCAAAUCCAUGAAGAAUGAGUUUCCAAGCAUCUUGAGGUUCAUUACGGUCUGUGACUACACUAAUCCCUGCACCAAAAAAUGGUUCUGGAUAAGACUGGCAAAAUCCCUCUUGCUUCCAUGAGACAAAGCUAUAUAAGCUAGGUGCCUUUUGAUCCUGCACAGCUGUGCCUUCAGAAAAAAAGAAACUCUAACUUCCAGGUGUAGUCUACACAGUCUUUCAACACGUUAGAACUUUGAUCCUUGCAAUAUUGUGCCUGGGGCCUGCAACAGAUACACAAGUGAUAUCUGAAGGGGGGCUUAAUUGCAUUAAAUGGGGAGUUAAUUGCAGUAAAGGGACCACAAUGCACUUCUCCAGGUGGGUAACUUGAAAUGAACAAAGCCACAAACCGUCAAUGUUGUACACAACUUUUAUAUGGUUUUAAACACCAUUACAGGGCUCCUGUAGUGGUAUCUGGGGAUUGUCAGGUGAAUAGUUUCUCUCUUUAAUUCCUGGUGAAAUCUGAUGGCUGGUUACUGACCUGUGUGAAAUGAGUUUGGGGGUCUCAGUCUGGUUCCUAGUGGACAAAUGACAAAUGCCAUGAUACUGGCACCUUGGUUGGUAGAGAGGCCAAGGAUUGAACUAUCCUUUUGUUCCCUAGAGGCAACCCCUCCAGAUCCGAGUUGUAGCACACUAGAAGGGCAGGUUCCAUUGCUGCUGCCCAGAUUGUACCUGCUCUCUGGCUGUACGGACAACUUCAAUCUCCAGGACACUCUUUGUAUUUAAUGAGCAGCACAUUUACUUAAACAUCGUUUAACUGUCUAAAAGAAAUUAACUGAUCUCCCAUUAUUUUUAGCAAUAUCUGACUCCUGAGUGACUUGACGUGACUCUUGACUGAAGUGAGUUUAUUUUCUUUUUAAUAUUUUUUUCUCAACCUUGGUCUUUUAAAACAUUUUAGGUCAUAUUCCAACCUAUUUAGAGAGUUAGUUACUCAUUUAACUCCACUAUUGCUGACAUCCUCUGAAACAGCCUUCCGACCUUGACCAACGAUUGGUUCUUCGUUAAAAGCAAAAGCCAUAGAGAAAGUCAUACUAAAUAAUGAGGGUGCUGUUUGUAGCAUGUCUGUCUGUCUGUCUGUGCACAUGUCCCAUUUAACUAAGUGAUCGCUCUUACAUCAGCACUGGGAAAUCAUAGAUCCUGUAAUGUUUACAACAGAUCAGUCUCACAUCGAUGGCUCAGUCUUGGAUUUGUAUUGAAGGAUUGAACCUUAAUACACAAGGUGCUGAAUACCUUCAGCUUCCAUUGACUUGAAUGGGAGAAUUGAGCUAAGAACUUUCUAGGAGCAGCCCCUAAAUCAUUUGGCCUCUAAGAAUCUCACAGAACACACUGGCUUUAGAAUGUCCCAAAACCAAAAGGAUAAGUGUCUGACAAAGAAUGCCUUACAUUAUAGAUCAGACCUACGUAAAAACAAAUAGUAAUGUGUUAAUAUGAACAUGUAUGUUUUAAUUAAUAUAUUAUGAUACUGUGAUUGAUUAAUCAGUAUACUUUAAAUCUAAAAGAAUCCCCAGUUGCUUGCAUGAAUGAGGUUAGGAGCACCACUGUUGUUGCUGUAGUUGUAUGCAUUGUGUGAAUCUUGACCUCAGAAGCUCUGUAUGAUCCAGCCCUUAUGGAAACUUGGGGGGGGGUUAUUUUAAAACAGGGGUUUGGUAAGUGUUUACUUUCCAAAGCAAUGUGGUUUCCCUGUGCCUACAUAUCUGUAUUUGCUUGAGUUGCUGCAGGUUGGUUCGUUCCUUCAGCCACUGAUUUGCUGUGGAUUUUGGCUCUUAAAAGGAGUCACUCAUGUACAUUUUCAAACAAUAGCCGAUCAUCAGUUUCUUGACUAUUCAUUGCAAUAUUAACUGUGUUGAGUUCUUCUGUUAGAAAUGUCUGUGUCUGAGUGUCUUUAAAGGACAUUAAUGUCUACCCAUAAGCUGUUGCUAUACGUUUUACCAACUUCUUUUUGCCCACUAGGUCUCUUGUAAUAGACAAGCCAGCCUUAUUGUUGUGAACCUCAAUUACCUGAAGCUUGUUAAUGCUCUUAGCAUCUGUGCUGGGGAACACUUUUGGAUGGGCCUGCAAAACACACUUUUUGCCAUCUCUCCCAUUAACAUAGUGGUCUCCUCUACUCUGAUGAGAUCACCCUGCAUAGGUCUGUCCUGAGGAUGUUGUGGGAAUUAGUGAGAGAACUCUGGGGAAACCCCCAAACUUAACGGCUCUAAAUGGAUAUAAAUGUAUCUCCCAGUCCUCUUGUCCUCUGGCCCUUGGUGCAGAAGUGGAGCACAGCUGCUUAUCUUGGGAUUCCUGCAUCGUUUCUAAAUGUCAAUUAUAUAAAUAACCUGGGGUUCUGAGGACUGCUAGGUCCCCAGCCAUUGUAGGGAAUUGGAUUGAUUUUUUUUUGCUGAAUAUUAGCACUUCCAUAGUGUUUUACAAACAUGAAUACACCAGCGGUGGGAUUGAACCAGUUAUGUUUGGAUCUAAAAGCAUGAGCUUCUGUUGAAUGACUAGGUCUAUUAACUCCGAAGGCUGUAGCAGAAACACGAAACUCUUCAUGGUCUAGCCACUGGGGGGGUACAGUGAGCCACACUUACACACACGACUGUUAGUGAAUUACACCUCCUAAUCCUGCAGGCUGGCAGGGGAAACUUGUCCCCAGUUCAUAGCGGGGAAACAGGCACAGAAAGUUUAAGUGACUUAUCCAACAUUGCACCAUCUGGAACUCACAUUCCCUGACUCCCCGUGUCCUGUUUUAAGUAGGAAAUGUUUAGCACAGAUAUUGAACUCUUUGGCAGAGACUAUAACUUUACAACAUGUUUGUACAGUGCUGUCUGUGGUGGGCCCUGAUCUCUGGUUUGGGCCUAUAGCUGCUCCAGCAAUGCAAAUAAUAAAAUCAUACUAUACUGUAUUCAUAUUUACUAGGUGGUUAAAUGAUAGAUGAAUAUCUCUGCUCUCUGAAUAGAGAAGAUGCUGCUUUUGCAAGGAAAGAAACAGCAGCAUCUUCAUCAUUUCUAGUUCAUCCAAACAUACCCAGAUGAAUUUACCAUUUCAAAUAACCAUCAAAGACCUCAUAUUGUCACCUAAUCUCUCCUUGCCUUGGUUUCUUCACCGCUAUGUCUCAGAAGAAAGCUGCUGUUCUUUAUAAAUGCAAAGUAUUGUUAAUGAAUGAGAUGUGCAUGUACUCAGCUUUUUAAAAUCAAGUCAAAAGUUCUUAAGUAGGCUAAAAUAACUCUAUUGGGGUUAGAGGUAGUAAACCCAGAAAUAGAAGGUCUGGAGGUUUAAAGAAGUACUUCUGUAAUAUACUGUAUGUCAUGGGUCCCCAGACUUUUUAUGUCAUGCUGUCCCUUAUGUUAUCUGUCCGUGCCCCUCCUGAGGGUUGGGAGCCAAGGCUGCGGCUGGAGCUGCAGCUGGGGUCAUGGCUGGGAGUGGGGGCGGGCUGGAAGCUGGAAGCAGGAGCCAUGGUUAGGAGAGGAGCCAGGCCAUGGUCGGGGGUCAAAGCUGAGUCUGGAGUGGAGCUGGGGUCAGAGCGUGGCCGGGUGGUGCUCCCUCCCAACCCCUUGUGGGGGCUGGCCCUGGCCCCGCUGCACCCCCUGAAUGUUUCUCCAUGCCCCCCUAAAGGGGCACGCCUCACAGUUUGAGGACUGCUGCUGUAUGCUAAAGUAACCUCAAGAUCCUAUGCACUUCUGAAUUCGUCAUAAAUCUGUUCUGAGUGUGACAUCUCCUUAAGUCAUAAAAUCUUAUUUAUCCCAAAUGCAAUUAAAUUGCAAUGGAGUGUUUCUUUCCCCUUCCACCUCUUCCUGUGCAGACGAAGAGCCAAAUCCUCAAUGUGUUUUUAAAAAAUUACCCACAAAUGAUGUUGGUUACAUUGUAUUUUUUUAUCUCACUUUAAAACAAUCAGAGCUGUGCUUGUUAAUAUCAAAACAUUCAUUUGUAUAUUUGCAUUAUUUUUUGUCCAUUCUGAUGUCCAGCUUUUGAAGGACAUACAUGUUUUAUAUCAACUGUUCCACUGGUUGGUUCUUUUUAAAAAGUUUUCCUACUUUUGAAAUUGUGCCAAAAAUAAAGACUGAAGAAAAGCAACAGGA